CUUUUCCGGAAUUUAAAAGGCUCCAUUUGGUUGAUAAACAAGACAAUGGUUAGUCAUACCUUAUCUCUGGUGGUGUCAAUGUGUACACGUUUUUAUCGGAGUCAUUUGCACAUACCCCAAAGGAACAAAGUCAUAGAGGUGUGAGGGGAAGCUAUGGGCCGUUUUCUCAGUGUUGUAGUAUUCAUUCUUUUGAUUCCUGGAGAGUAUUGUGCCACUUGUCCAGCACUUCAACAUCCAGAUAUUCGGAUUUUGGACAUCAGGCUGAAACCCCAAUCUGUUCCUCCAAAAUUAACUACGUAUGCUUGUCAACAAUUCCAGGUACUUGAAAACGAGACCUUCCAAGCCGUGGCAUUUGAACCUCUUAUAGGAAACGAAGGUGUUGUUCAUCACAUGCUUCUCUUUGGAUGUGAACGUAGUAUAGGCACAUUUGCCAUUCAUCAAUGCGGGGGUGUAGAUGGUUCGUGCAGGGCUUGGCUUACACAGUACUCUUUGGGUGUACGAGGUCCUAUCUGCCUGCCAGAAGAUGUCGGGGCAACAUUUGGGAAAAACUCUUUUACUAAGAUGCUUUUACAAGUCCACUGGAAUAACAAAAAUGUUUCGAACAACAUAACAGAUGACAGUGGAUUUCGAAUUUAUUACACAACUCGCCUAAGGAAACAUGAUCUUGGGAAUAUCCAGAUCGGCCAGAACGAUAUUUCGAUACCACCAUUAUCAGAAACCAUCGUCAGGGGGAGCUGCAGUCGCCAGUGUACCCGAAUAUUUCCACAUCCGAUUUAUCUCACAAGAACAUACAUCCAUAUGCAUUAUCUAGGUAUAAAAGGAAGACUCGAGAUAUGCAGAAAUGGAAGCUUUCAUACUCUUAUUGCAAAAGAUGAAGAAUACACAUAUGAUAAAUCUCCGAUCCAUGAUCAUCACAUGCCUAUAGAAGUUUUGCCUAGUGAUGAAAUAAGGUUAACAUGCACUUUUAACACGCGUGAUGGACAGAGGAGAAGGGAAGAAACGGUUUAUUUUGGAGAAGGAUCAGAGAAAACCCAGGCUCACGACGUCUGUUGGUAUCAACAUGGCUGCGGGGCGGUGAGGAAUACGCAGCGACACCCACGACCCGGUAAUCGUGGAGGGCGAUACGCAUUGCAGCCUGCACUGCACACCUGUCGACACCAACCACGCUAUGAACAGGGGCAUUACCGGCGCAAUCUUAUGUUGAGAGUCCACUAAUUGUGAUAAAACGGUACUUCCUAUUUGUAGCAUGGAAAG